CUUUAUUUAUUAGACGGGAAAUCACCCGGGGAUGUCCAGGUUUGGCGAUAAAAGAUUGAUGUCAUUGUCGUUUUGAUUGAAAUUAGAUUACGGGCUACUGCAAUCGAAACUGCAGGGCCUUUUAUUGAGAAGUGUCUGUUUAAACAUGAAUAAAGUGGAGUCGCAUACGCACUGGAAACUGUGAAGUUAAAAAGGUGAAAACCAUGUCAGGUAGACCAGAGACACUGUCUCAGGACAGGGUGAGGAGUGUCAGUGAGAGUGCUGCACAGUCCCAAAGGAAUCGGAACAACUCUGAGACAUAUCCAGGCUCUGGGCGAGCUCGCAGCAAAACAGAAUUGGAUGUGAGCACCAGAACAGAGGCAGUAGAAAAUGAAGUGGUGAGAGAAGACAUUCAUGCUGUUUUUGACUACUUGGUCAGUGAUUGGUUAAAAAAUGACUUUGCAGAGAAAGAUGACAUCCCUUUAGGACUGAGAAGUUUAUGGAAUGCUGAUAGACACACACUGAGACCAUGUGUUCAGAGUUUGGCCUUUGAACUUAAGCAUGUAGUAGAUGGUAUUAAAGACCCUGGUGUUUUUGAUGAUGCUGUUGGAAAAACAUUAUUACCACGGGGCACUGUGUCAGAUUUUAAACCCAUUCCUGUCAAAUACGAAAAUUUUGCAUCUCUUGCAAGAGAGACUGUGAUGUAUGGAGAUGCAGUAAACCUAGGACGAAUAGGUGCUUUGAUGUUCUUCAGCUAUAGGCUUGUCUUGAAGGCAGGUUCAGAUAUUCAUAGUGACAUUAGGAAUCAUUUAGGACAAUUCUUCCAGGAAGAAAACCUUUUCAGAUGGAUCAAUGACCCAAAGAGUUUUGAGUUUGAGAAGAUGUUGGACAGGCCAGAUUAUCUCCAGGUGUACAAGAAGGCCUGUGCAGAAGGGACGAGAAAAGUGUAUCGCCUCAGAGUGAUGAUAGUAGGACAGCAUGGAGUAGGGAAAACCAGCCUGAGAAAGAGGCUCCUGGACGAAGGGUUCUCUGAGGAAUACAAAAUCACAGAUGGGAUAGAUGUUGAUCCAUCUGAGUGUGUGGUGGAUGUGAAGAAUUCUUCAGUGUGGCUAACUUCUGCUAAAGGAUAUAAACCUGAAGUUGAUGAGGAAGAUCCUAAAGAAAUUUAUGAAAAGGCCAUUGCCAAGGUUCUUCUUGAGCAUUAUCAAGAAGGGACACCUGUUGAUGUGCCCCAGAUGAUUCCCAGCAGUACCUCCUCUGAGGAAGAUGUUAUGCCAGACAAGCUCAGUAAAGAUGAAAAUGGUGCUACAAAUACAGAAGAACCUUUUGGGCAUACUAGUACACACAUCACUGCUGGAGGGGAAGAAGAAACACCACCUUCUAUAACAGCACCAACUGGAAAGCAAGCUGAUGUCAAAGAAAAAAAUUACAAGGGUUCAGACAGUGAUCUCCAUUCUCAACGAAAUGGGAAAGAUACUGUGGAUUUCUUGCAGAUUCCUGCCAACCUGCCACAAGAUAUCAAAGCCAAGGUAUCAGAGCUGAAACUGAAGAUGGAGGAGAAGUUGAGGCUCCAUAGAAAGGGUUCCACAGAUGAAAUUGACAGCAGUUCACUAGAUGAGCCAAAAUUAAAACUUUCAUUCUGGGACUUUGGUGGCCAGCAUGUCUUUUAUACAACACAUCAGACAUUCCUGACCAGCAGAGCCAUCUACUUACUGGUGAUGGACCUGAACAAGGACAUGUAUGCAGCGGUGCAGACCUUUCGCCAAGGGAGAACAGAGAGGGUGGUUGACCUUAUUGCGCCAAAAACAGGCAUAGACUACUUAGAUUACUGGCUGAACUCUAUUCACACCCAUGCUGUGGACCUGAGGACAUCCACCAAUAGUCUGCUCAGUCCCCCUGUCAUCAUCGUCUGCACCCACAAGGACCAGGUAGACCAGAUUUUUGUUAGCAGUCUUCCCUGGUACAAGAGGUACUAUGCCAGAUAUUCAGGCAAAGCAUACUACAGUGAAGACCCAGAGUCUGUCUCUGAUACAGUGAAGUCCUUUUUUAAAGCCAUCACAGAGCACUUGGAAGGCAAAGUCUACAAUAGCCAUGUUUAUCACAGGUAUUUCGCAAUUGACAACAAAAACACAGGGGAUCCAGCAUUGGAGCAACUUCGGCAGACGAUUUUUCAGCUAGCACAGCAACAGCAACACUGGGGUGAAGAUGUUCCAAUCAAAUGGUUGAAUUUGGAGCGACAGCUGCGAGAGAUCAAGCAGUCCUCCAUGGCAGACGGCAAUUUUCUUCCUUUGCAAGAGGUCAUUGUUCAUGGAAGCUCUGUUGGAAUGACAGAGGAAGAGGUGAUUGCAUGUUUGGUAUUUUACCAUGAAGUUGGCGAAAUGGUAUUUUUCAACGAAGAUCACUUGAGGGAAAUUGUCAUCCUUGAUCCACAAUGGCUCAUUGAUGCCUUUAAAAGCAUCAUCACACUGAAGGAGUUCCACAAAGAAGUCCAUGGGAAGAAUGGGAUCAGCAGAACAUACUGGGAGAUACUGGACAGAAGAGGGAUUUUACACGAAGAGCUGGUGGACAUGAUAUGGGAGGAGGAGGACAGGUUGAUCAGGUACAAGAUUGUCAUCCUGCAGUUAAUGCAAAGCUUUGAUCUGAUUUGUCCACUCAAGAGGGACUUCAGGGAGAACCCACGGGUGUAUCAGCCUACCAAGUCUAACCAAGCAGAUGAAACAGACCUUGCGUCUUCCUCACAGACAUUUUUUGUGCCAUGUUUAUUGUCAAGUCCAUCUGCCAGUGACAUCAUUCCGGACAAAUCCAGGGAUGUGUCAGCUCUGUACUUUAGGUUCUCCUUCUUGCCAAAUGGUCUGUUUUAUCGUCUAGUUGCAUGUGCUGCACAAUUCCCAGGUUGGCAUGUCUACGGCAAGAUGCUGUUUCAUGGUUACGUCCGCUUUGAGGUAGAUGAGGAAAACAAAAUGUACAUACUGGUCCUGACAAAAGAGGGCGACACCAUUGCAUUCAAGAUGCACCUGUUGAUGGCUGACCUCCCUGGGUCUCUGACCCAUGAGCUGUGUAGGCAGACAUGUAGUGACCUGGUGAAGAUGCUGAAUUCUGAGAUAAGAAAGUAUUGUCCCCGAGUGACCUAUGACCUCUGUGUGAAGUGUAACUGUGAGGGAGCAGAAGAGAGUACCCUGGAACCCAUAGGGUACAAUGGACAGAAGAUUAUGUCAGGGAUCCCAAUGCUUUGCCAUGAUCACCAUCAGGCCAUCAGAACCACAGGGUACAGGCCCUGGUUUGUGGAAUGGAAAGAAGAAGAUGUGCCAAAACCUCAGACAUUCUCAGGAGCACAAGAUAUCCCAGUCCUUGAAGAAAGUCUGCCAACAGAAAAUGAAGAAGAGUUUGUGGAUGAAGUCAUAGUGAAACCCUGCUUGGACAAUUUCUACGAUAUUUAUUCAAAUGACUUGAAAGAGGUAUACAAAAAUACCUCCACACCAAGAGGACGCUCACUCAUAAUCAAUAACCGCACAUUCAACUGUGACACACCCAAACUGGCCAAUCGUCAUGGCACGGAGCUUGAUGUGGAUAAGAUGGAGGAGCUCCUUCAUCAGCUUGGCUAUAGGGUGUCAGUGCAUCAUGAUCUCACUGCAAAGGGAAUGUCUGAUCUGCUUAAAGAAGAAAGUGAGAGACCAGAUCACCAAAAAUAUGAUUCUUUCAUACUUGUUAUACUGAGUCAUGGAGCAAGGGGGGCUGUCUAUGGCACGGAUGGCUUUGUGAUAUCAUACGAACAAAUUACAGAAUAUUUCAAUAACGCCAGCUGUUCUGCUCUGCGGAGUAAACCAAAGAUGAUAUUCAUUCAGGCAUGUCAAGGAAAUGCCAGGGAUCAUGGUGCUGGCCAUGUGCCAUUACCAGACCCUGUCAAGAUGUUACCUAGCAACCAAAACACAACCCAUGAUGCACCAGAAGAUGAAGGAGAGAUAGUCCCCACAAUGGCAGACUUCCUGGUGGCGAAGGCCACAACACCUGACUUUGUGUCUUGGCGAAACAAAGAGAAAGGCACUUGGUUCAUCCAGUCCAUUGUGACAGUAUUCUGCAGAUAUGCAUGGAAAGAGGAUGUGCUCUCCAUGUUCUCAAAGGUGAAUGCCCUUGUGGCAAAGUCAAAAACAUCCGGAGGAAUGAAGCAAGUGUCCCAAACUGAGUCAACUCUGUUGAAGAAAAUCUAUUUCUUCCCAGGGAAGUAGACACUGAUGUACGUUAUGCCUGGGAGACACUGAAAUCACUUUACCACUCCAGUGUUGAUGAUUACAGGCUAAAGAGUCACAAGAAUGUUUAGACUCCUAUCUCUUUUAAACAUACUGGUGCUGGUACAUUGAUUUAUUUGACUUUGUAUAUUUCAUAUUAUAGAUUUAAUUCUUCAAAAUACUUUAUCAAAAGAUUUAAAUGGCACAGAGGAAUCAUCAGCAUAAAACAUGAUGGCUUCAGGGAUCUAUGUGAGGAAGAUGCUUUUCAAUUGUCUUUAAUGAAAAUUAAAUCUUUAAGCGCUUUUUUAUUAUUUUGAGGAUUUUGGACUUAACACAAAUUGAAUAGCUGAUUAAGUAAAGUUAAGUGACUUUGGGUGUUUAAUGCAGGAUUGGCCUCCAAUAAUUACAGUUGACAAACCCAAAUGGACACAAAGAUUUUAGAAUAAAAAUCAUUGUAGAGGCAAUAAAAAAAAAGACUUUAAAAAAGCAAAAUGCUGGUUACUGGCUAAAGUUCCUAGCAAUCUUUGCUAAGAUCAAUAUUCAUUAUGUCCCAGUUAUCCUAGUGAUGUGAUACAGCAAUGACACAAGUGUAAUAGGUUUAGGAAAGCCCGAUGGAUGAUAGGUCAGACAAAUGGUUUAAUUUCAGUAAAGAUUCAUUCUUUUUCAAUUCUUGCAUUGUAAUCUUUUAUU